UCAAAUCAACUAGAAUGCAAUAUUACGAAAUAUGUUUUGACGUUAAUGUCAAAUCAAUCACAUAAUCAAAUAUCUGAUGUACAAGAAUUAAUACUAUCAAGUACAGAUAGUGGUCACGUUUUGGAUAAUCUUCUUCCGGGUUUUAAAUAUAACAUAAAAUUAACUCCUUCGACAAGUAAUGGGACGUUACCAUCCUCGCCUAUUUAUUCAAUCACUACUCUUAUGACAAAAAAUGACGUUCAAAUAAAGAAUAUUUCCACUAAAAAUGAAAAUGGAAAAAUCAAAGUAAAUUGGAUAUUGGUAAAUCCUCAUCGACAUUACGCUACAGUUGAUGUACCAGUAACAGCAAUCAUUAAAUAUAAAGUGAAACGAAUUCUCAGCUGUUCCAUAAGGGAAGUAGAACAAAAUUGGACGUCAAUAACAAUUUUUAAUCGAACCAAUUAUGAAAUAAUUGACACAGUGCCGAAUUCUCAAUAUAGUAUAAAAGUUUUUGUUGACGUUAAAGACAAAAAUACUACUCAACGAGAAAAUAUGAUUGAUGUCUUAACACCAGCAUCAAAUCCAAUAACUGAACCAGUCUUAGAUCCUGAUCAUCCAAUGUACAUCACUAAUAACUCUGUAUUUGUUCAGUGGAAAUUGUCUUCCGAAAAUUGCUCAAAACUAAAUGGAUUUUUAUCUCAAUUCUAUAUAGAAUUAAAGGAUAAGGUUGAUGACAUUUUACAAAUAAGAGAAACCAAAAAUAGUUACAUUGGCUUUAAAGAGCUAAGAUCCAACACAGAUUAUGAACUGAAAAUAUUUAUAAAAACUCACUUCGGUUAUAAUCCAGAAUAUUUUCUACUCGCCAAUUUCAAGACUAAAUUAGAAAAUUUAAAACCAGUAGAAGAUUUAGUGGUUUAUAAAAAGAGUCCAAAGAAUCGUAUGGUAGGGUUUCGCUGGAACUAUACACAAGAUACAAAUGUAGACGGAUUUAUAGUUUCGUUUGAUGAGAAUCCUUUAAUAAACACGAAAAACACUUCCAUAAUACCUCUGCAGAAAUGCUCUGCGUGGCCAGAAUACUAUUGUCAUACAUUUUAUAAUUUGAGUCCUAGCAACAAUUACACAUUUAAAAUAAAGCCAAAGUCAAUAGAUUAUCCAGAAGGUGGUAAUGUUUCGUCUAUUUCUUUUAACAGCAUCGAUGGACUACCUGAUUCUCCAAUGAAUUUAAAAACGACCGAAAUUGGUAGCUCUACAAUUGUUCUCCAGUGGGAUAUUCCAUGGAUAUUCAACGGUGUAUUGAAAAUGUUUGUUAUUAAUGUUGAUGAAAUUACACCAAUAGACAUGAACACCUGUUGUGUUACCAUUACGCCAGUAGAAAUUCCAGUUAACGAAGAACUACCUACGUAUAAUCAUACGAUAACUGGCCUACAACCCGGGUCAUUAUAUUCAAUUGGAGUUUUAACUGUAUCCAAAUCAUUAUGUUACAGUUCGCAGUCUAGACUGUCUGUCACACUUCCAACUAUUUAAGAAAUCAUUUUAUUUUUCUCUGACAUACUAAUAAAUGUACAAUAUAUUUUUGUCAUUUAUUCAAAACUAUUAAUGUAGUGUAGUGCUUACAUAAUAUUAUUUGCCAUGUACCGAAUGAACCUAAUUAGUAAUAAAAUAUAUCUUGGAAUUAUGUCAUUUCACAAGGACCAAAAAAUAA